AUGUUUGACGAUGAGCGUCACUUGUCGCUGGCAAUGUUCUUGGUGAAGCUGUUCCUCAGCGCUGAGUCCAUUCUCUUGUGUGCAAUGCUCUCCGCGCCAUCGAUCUUGCCUCUCGACCGCCCAGCUCAGCCCUGUCGGCCCCUGACCACGUCCCAGAUUCAGCAACUCACCUCUUAUUCUUCUCGCAGCGAGGUGACUUGCGCGCUUGGGCCGGUUACGAGGAGGGAAGAUGAGCGAGCGGGCAUAAAGACGGAGGGCAGGAAAAGGCUGGCGCGACCUCUUCGGCGGUUCCCCUAUGAACUGCGGCUGAUCAUAGAGGCGCAAGCGCGGUUGACCUUCGCAACAAUAUAG